CCAAGAACUGCCAACACAGAAUAAUAAACCCCAAGAUUUGGAAACAGGAACUUGUGGCGGCAAACCUAUUUCUCCUGAACGGAUCGCAUAAUAAUGUGCACAAGGAAGAAAAGUCGAGAUGCAAUACAACCCUUGCGCAACCCCCAGAUACCUCUUGCCAGAUUUAAAGGAAUGGGCUGAUCGGCAAUCAUUAUUUACGAUCUGAAACACUGCCCAGGGCAAGAGCUGACUCGGGCUGCACUGCAAGCGCCCAUCCUUUCGCCCCGGCGCGUAUCGCAGGCGCCAACACGUCGGCCACUCAACCAGCGCCAAAGAGGAGCCCACGAGAUCCAGAUCGGGAUCAAUUCGCUUGGGAUAAUGUAUCAUUAUGAGCCCCCACGAUGUCAUCUAGUUUCAUGCUGGCGCCUACUCGAGGACCGCCGCAAAGACUAUGUUUCAGGUCCAGCGUACAGUUGCUCUGCUUGGUCCGCGGGGCAGAUGGGCGUCAUAGGUCAUGGAUUUACUCUCGCGCGUAGGGUUGUGCCUCACAGGGGCCUCAAUGUUUAAUUAGGGGAGUCUUGGCCUCUUUUUUGGACGACUUUCUUUUUCCAUUUCUUUUCGCCUUUGGGUUCUCGAUCUACUCAUACUGCGUUCGAUUUGCGCUACUUUGCUCGUUAGGUCGAUGAUGAUAACCUCAAAGAUCAUAUGGCUUCAAGGGUAGUCAUUCCCACGCAAGAUUAAUUAUAGGAACACAGUCGCUGCAGGAUGCUCCUCCAUCCUGCCUACAGGAUACUCGCUGCGGCUUUUCCGUUAGUCAUCCUAUCUUCGGCAAGCGGUUCAAACGAUACUUCAAAUGCUGCUCUCUGGAACGUCAUACCAGACUGCACCAAGACCUGUGUGGAGAAUUUUAUCCUGGGCCAGUACACGUCGGAUGAAUGCUCGUCUGCAGAGGAUAUCAAGUGCCUGUGCAAGACCCAAACACCUAUUGGGCUUACCUUGGGAGAGGCUGCUCUAAGCUGUCUGUAUGCUCUGUGUUCAGAGAAAGAUAUUUCCAGCAAGGGCAAUAGUGUAUAUCAUGUCUGUGAUUCGGUGUCUGGCGCUAUACGAGAGACGCACGCUACCAUUACAGCGACGACGUUCGACCCACCCAGCUCGACCACUACGACUGCCGAUGUAAUAACAACAGGAGUCGGUACCACAUCGGCCAGUGGCUCGCAGACUAAAGUCGGCUCAUCGACAUCGAGUCUACCGACAUCUACGACAUCUGUGUCAACUUCAAGCGAUUCAGGCAUUGCCUUUCAAAUGACAUCCUCAAGCUCCGGCAUAGUCUCAGCCUCAGCGACGACCAGCACUGAAAGCAUUUCAACGACUCCGAGUGACACUACUUCCUCGUCUCCAUCUAACGAUGGGAGCUCAGAGCAUCAUGUCAGUUCUGGCACCGUCAUUGGUGUCUCUGUCGCAUCGGGCGUAGCCGGUUGUUUCAUCAUGGGCGUGGUCGUAUUUUUCUGCUGCAAGAGAUGGAAACAAAAAAAUCGCACAACCAGGUCUAAUUCAGACCAUGACUUUUUCGAAAUCGGAGGUGCAAUGUCUGAGCCUCCAGGAUUUUCACGACCAUCCUCACGUCAUUCCUCGCCCUCCCCGAAGCCAAACCCGACGGGGCCAUCCUCAUUCGGCUACACUUCUGGCCAUCAAGAAGUUUCAGAGCUGCCGUGUACACGCACGCCGACUGCGCAGAAUCCGCCAACCCCUGCCACGGUGAUGUUGGUUCGGAAUACAGAGAAGCCACGAGAGAAGGAGCCAAUUGGAGUGGCUGUCAGCUCCGGGGACGAGUGGGAGUCUUCGUCGCGGACACUGACUUCGCAACCUACACACGCCGAACCGAUGGCUCCCCAGCCGGCAGGGUUAUAUCCCAAACCAUUGCGAUGGAGUCAUCGUCCCGUCAGUGGGGAAACGCUCUUUGAAGAAGAUGAGUUCCAACAGCCUCGACAAAAUGGCUCACAAAGAUCAGAAUCUCCGCACGUAAUGACAGGGUUGCCGGCCAACCCUCGUGCUGUCAAAAAUGGCUUCCCAGCUCAAAAAUACCUUCGCCCUCCGCCACAGCGGCUAUUCCCAGAUCGAACAUUGGCGAUACCAUCGGCACAUGCUGUCCCCAGUGAAAGGGCACUCGCUCCAGCCUUCUCUGCUACUGCCCUCCGUGGCUCGCAGGCGUCCAACCCCAGCAGCACUGCCCAUAAUAGUUCUGGCUCCUCCCACCGCAACUCCACAAACACUCUGCUUACAACACCCUUCAGUACGGGGCAAGGCCGUAUCUUAAGUGGUAUGUCCACUAGCAAACCCAAUCCAGCUCAGACACCAAGUCCACGUCAAAUUGUGACUAUUGCUGGCAGGCCAGGCCCAGGGCCAGCAACACCAUCCCCGCCCUCCAACGGCCUGGGCCUCAUCCCAGCCACAGAAAUCGUAUCGCGACCACGAAUCGUCCGCCGAGACGAUAUCAAACGCGUUCAAAUACGCAGCAGCCCACGCCCACCUAGCGAGGUCGUCGUCCCAUAUUGUCCAGAGGACUUCUGGCUCGAGCGAGGCCGCAGCAGAGCUCCCUCCUCUACUGCUUCAAACGGCCUCCCAUAUCCGUCGGAGGCGUUUCCGGGUGCUGUGUUGUAUCCACGAAGUCCUCAGAAAAGGCCGAAGGAUAUCAAUGAGCAGAGGUUGCAAGCUACAGGGCGGAGUCUAACGCCUUCAAGGAGGGGGCAGGAUUUGAUUCUCAGGGUUGAUUAGAGGUGGUGGUUUUCUUUCUCUCACUUUGAUCUCUAUUUUCCCUUCUUUUCAGAUAUUCUUUCUGUCUUUUGUGUAGGAUUGGUAAGGGCUUCUACCUGGUGACACCUCGUUCCUUUUCUUGUAUAUUAGUUAUGGCUGUUGUUUUGUUAUGGGUCUCUUUUGGCGGCUAUGUUGCUUGAUGCGUGAUGACAGACGCUAUUGUAUAGAUAUUAUGAUAAAUCACAGAGCAUGAUAACCGUCUGUUGGAAACUUUCAGCUCUGUGUCUGUCUAGAAGUCAGAAUCAAAAGGUCUUGC